AUGGCGGCGGAGGCUUCGACGGCUUGGCUCUCACUGUCUGCCUAUGUGGAGAGGAAGGGCCGGCCCUGGGGAGCUGCUGAAGGGUGCGCUCGGUGUGCACGAAAGAUGACCGGUGAGGAGCGCGAGGGUCACCACUAUGAACUUCAAUGUGGACAUGAUUUUUGUGAACUGUGCUUACUAAUAACUGAAGAAUACAGCACAAUUAUAUGCCCCACUUGUGAGGUUGCUACUACUGUAAAUAGGAGACAAGGAUGCUACCCAUUAGAUGGAUAUGUUAAAGAAGAUUCUUUUAUGGAAAAACUGCAGCCUAAAAAGGUAAAGAAUUGUUCUCAGGACUUUAAAAAGGCAGCUGAUCAGCUAACAGUUGGAUUAGAACGUUCACCACCCACACACAGGACUGUUUUGAACCCAUCAGCUGUAAUGGCGGAGACGAAAACUGCAGAAGAAAUUGAUGAAGCAUUGAAGAUAGCAGGCAAUAAUUUUGAACAAUUAAGUAUUGCUGUCAAUAUGCUGGAACACAUACACAGUCAAACACAAGAGAAGACAGUCAGCCUUUUAGAGGUUCUGGAGAAACAGUUUGACCAACUUUUUACUUCUCUAGAUUCCAGGAAAAAGAACUUGUGUGAAGAAGUAGUAGGAAAUACAGAUGAUUAUUUAUCACAUGUAAUAAUGGCUAAAAACUACAUUGAAGAGAAAAAAAAUGAUUUGGAUGCAGCUAUGAAGAUAGCAAAAGAAUUAAAAUCAGCACCUUCUCUAAGGACUUAUUGUGACCUGAAUCAGAUUAUCCGGACUUUGAAAUUAACAUUUGAGAGUGAAUUGUCACAAUUUAGGACUCUAAAACUAAGGAAUUCUCCCAGGUUGAAUAUGAAUUGCAGUGAGAUUAUCUGUAUGUUCAACAAUAUGGUAAAGAUUGAAUUUGAAGACUCAACAAAAUGUGAUCCCAAAGAAAAUGAAAAUGGCCAGAAUAUUCAAAAGAAAUAUAAUCAUGAAAAGGAAUUUUCUUGUCACGAUACACACCCAUCACCUGAAGAGAAAAAGGUUGAUGUGUCUGUGCUAACUAAUGUAGCCCCACCACCUCCCUUGCAACCGGAAACCAGUGAUGUGCAUUUAGAAGCGAGAACCUUCCAGCCACAGAAAGAGAUCGUGGCAGCGACAUCCCCUAAAACCAUUGCUGUUCUGCCUCGGAUGGGAUCCAGCCCUGAUGUGAUCAUUGAAGAAAUUAUUGAAGAGAACCUGGAAAGCUCUCCAGAGCUGGUGUUUGUAAGUCAUGUGAUUCAUCCUUGCCACUUCUACGUCCGGAGAUAUUCACAAAUAAAAGAGGCAACAGUAUUGGAAAAGGCGGUGAAUCGGUUUUGCACUGAAAGCUUACACCUUGAUCCUUUAGACAUUUUGGAGCUAGGUGCAGCGAUAUUCGUCAGCAGUAUUGAAAAUGGAAUAUGGUGUCGAGGAGUUAUCACUGAAUUAAUUCCGAUAGAAAAUGAAGAUAUUAGAAAACAUUCUAGUCCAACCAAACUCUCAGUCUGUGAAGUUGCACUAAUACAGAUAUUCAUGGUAGAUUUUGGAAAUUCUGAAGUCCUAAUUGUCAAGGGAGUCGGUGAUGCCCAGGUGGGAUCAGAACACAUUACCGAGCAGCAUAUAGCGCCGAGUGACUUGUGUCUGUUGCUGAGGAAGACGGAACCAUAUAUUGAAGGGCUUCUGAAAGACAUCCGGCCACUAGCACAGUCGUGCUCAUUGAAGGACAUUGUUCCACAGAAUUCAAGUGAAGGCUGGGGAGAAGAAGCUAAAGUAGAAUUUUUGAAAAUGGUAAAUAACAAGGCCGUUUUAAUGAAAGUUUUUAGAGAAGAAGAUGGCUUGCUUAUUGUGGAUCUGCAGAAGCCACCAGCCAAUAAAAUAAGCAGCGACAUGCCUGUGUCUCUUAGAGACGCACUCGUUUUUAUGGAGCUGGCGAGGUUUAGGUCACAAUCACUAAGAAGUCACUCUGAAAAAAAUACGACUUUACACUAUCAUCCACCUGUUUUGCCUAAAGAAAUGACAGAUGUUUCCGUUAUGGUUUGUCAUAUAAAUAGCCCUACUGAUUUCUAUCUUCAGUUGAUAGAGAGCCUGGAUUUUUUAUUUCUAUUAAAGUCAAUUGAAGAUUUCUAUAAAAGUGAAGAUGGGGAAAAUUUGGAAAUCCUCUGUCCAGUUCAAGAUCAAGCCUGUGUAGCUAAAUUUGAAGAUGGAGUUUGGUACCGAGCGAAAGUCAUUGGAUUGCCUGGACAUCGUGAAGUUGAAGUUAAAUAUGUAGACUUUGGCAAUACUGCAAAAAUAACACUUAGAGAAAUGCGUAAAAUAAAGGAUGAGUUUCUGAAUCCCCCAGAGAAGGCAAUUAAAUGUAAGCUGGCCUAUAUUGAACCGUGUAAAAAGACAACGCAGUGGUCUGAACAAGCUAAAGAAAAAUUUGAAGAAAAGACUCAAGAUAAAUUUAUGACAUGUUCAGUCAUUAAAAUUCUGGAAGAUAAUGUGCUCUUAGUUGAGCUUUUCGAUUCUCUCGGUGCUCCUGGAAUGACUCCUACCAGCAUUAAUCACCAGCUAGUCAAGGAGGGCCUAGCAUCUUAUGAAGUAGGUUAUACUAUCAAAGAUAAUUCCAAAAAGCAUACCGAAGUAUGGGAUCCUUCUCCAGAAGAAAUUAUUUCAAAUGAAGUAAACAACUUGAGUUCUGUGUCUGCAAAAUCUCUACCAAAUGAGAAUCUCCAGUCGCUUUGCAACAAGGAGCUGCCUGUGCAUAUCUGUAAUGUAGUAUCUCCCGAGAAGAUUUAUGUUCAGUGGUUAUUAACAGAAAACUUGCUUAAUAGUCUAGAAGAAAAGAUGGUAGCUGCUUAUGAAAACUCCAAAUGGGAGCCAGUUAAGUGGGAGAACGGUAUGCACUGUGCUGUCGAGAUCCCAGAAAACAACCAGUGGCGAAGAGGCCAGAUCAUCAGAAUGGUCACAGACUCCUUGGUAGAGGUUUUGCUGUACGACGUGGGCGUCGAAGUGGUCGUGAACAUCACGUGUUUACGAGAACUGGAGGACACCCUGAAGGCCACGGGCAGAUUGUCUUUGGAGUGUGCUCUCGUCGACAUAAGACCAACUGGGGGGAGUGACAAGUGGACAGCGACAGCUUGUGACUGUCUUUCAUUGUACCUGACUGGAGCUGUAGCAAGUAUGAUCUUACAGGAAAACAGCGCGACAUGGCCAUUACCUGUGAAGCUUUUCUGCAGAGAUGAAAAAGGAGAGCGUGUGGAUGUCUCUAAGUAUUUGAUUAAAAAGGGUUUGGCCCUGAGAGAGCGGAGAAUUAAUAAAUUAGAUAACAGCCAUUCGUUAUCUGAGAAGUCUCUGGAAAUUCCCCUGAAAGAUGAUGAUUCGGUGGUUACCAACUGUACUGAAAUUAACUUGGACCCUGACACACUAGCUGCUGAUAUUACCAGUAAAGACAAGGUAUCUGAAUUUAAGGAGGAAAUUUUAGAACCAAGACCCACUGGAUGCUAUAAACCGCCAGUUAUUCCUGACAUGGAAGUAUUCGAGGCAGUAGUCACCUGCGUUGGUGAUGAUGGAACUGUGUUUGUGGUACCUAAAUUAUCAGAAUUUGAGCUAAUGAAAAUGAUGAGUGAAAUUCAAAGUAAUUUAAAAUGCCUUGGUCUUUUGGAGCCUUAUUUCUGGAAAAAGGGAGAAGCCUGUGCUGUGAGAGGAUCAGAUACCAUGUGGUAUAGAGGCAAGGUCAUGGAGGUCGUUGGCGGCAUGAUCAGGGUACGAUAUUUAGAUCACGGAUUAACUGAGAAGAUCCCGCAGUGUCAUCUUUACCCUAUUUUGUUGUAUCCUGAGACACCCCAGUUUUGUAUUCCCUGUCAGCUCCAUGAUACCAUACCCGUUGGGGGCGCCUGGCAGCCGGAUGCAGUAGAGCUCCUUCAGGAACUGCUUUCGAGGAGAGAGGUGGAGAUUCACAUCACGGAAUUACCGGAAAAUCCAUGGGAGAAAUUUUCUGUUCAUCUCUAUUUUGAUGGAAUGUCACUUUCUUAUUUUAUGGCACACCAUAAAUAUUGCUCUUUUGAACAUUCUGAAGAGAUAUUAAAAGAAAAACCAACAGAUGACAGCAGCAAGUAUGAGGAGGAAAGAUGGGAAGUAAGGUUCGAGGAGCUGCUUCUGUCUGAGACGGAGACCCCUGUUUUUCCGCCGUACUUGUCCUCGUCCCUGCCCUCCCUGGAAGAGCUCUUCGCCGUCCAAGUCAAGCACGUGGUCUCGCCGAACGAGGUGUACAUUUGCCUCGAUUCCGUGGAGACCAGCAGUCUAUGUAAGCAGCACGGCGACACGGAUGACAGUGGGGCCAGCUGGGAGCCUGAGCCGGAGAGCCUGGGCGAAGCCCUGCACAGGUUCAACACCAGCGUGGAGGCCCUGCCCGCCCUCACGGACUUCCGCACAGAAAUGCCUUGCCUUGCGGAGUAUGACGACGGCUUGUGGUACAGAGCGAAGAUUGUGUCCAUUAAGGAGUUUGACCCGCUGGCUGUCCUGGUGCAGUUCGUGGACUAUGGGUCGACUGAGAAGCUGACAGUGAACAGACUGCGUCAAAUUCCUCUUCACCUUAUGCAGUACCCAGCCCGGGCCAUAAAGGUCAUGUUGGCGGGGUUCAAGCCUCCCACGAGAGAUUCCUCAAAGACGAGGAUCCCCUACUGCCCAGAAUGGAGCAUGGAGGCGCUGUGGGCCAUGAUAGACUGUCUUCAGGGAAAACAGCUCUACGCUUCUGCCGUGGCUCAGGCGCCAGAACAAACAGUGACAUUAUACGAAGACGAAGAGUACCCAGUCCACAUGGCGCUGGUGCAGAGGGGGCUCGCAGACCGCGACGAUUGAGGUGCGCUGCGUGGGACAUCUGCUGCAGCCCAGAACGUUUUCUGUUGCACUGGACCAGUUCAGGCUCGUUUUCCCUGACUUUGUUCUGCAGUAAUGCUGGUCCUUUUUUUUUCCCCCUUACAUGUUGAACUAUUAGAGAUUGUUUGAAAAACAGUUAAUAAAUAUUUGCUUUCAAGUAUUUUGUUUUACUGUAAUUUUGAAAUGAAAUAUUUAGACUCAUAAAAAAUAACCAUCUUAGUUCAUUUUGUGACUAAUGUACACUCAGCUUGAGAGACAAGACAUUGGCAUGGCCGUAGGCACCUGUGGUCCCUGCCCUGGCCAUUUCCCCCGCAGAGGUGAGCACAUCUGUGUCUGCAGCCAUAAGCAAGAAGCAGUGCUGCUCUGUGUUCAGAAAUGUGCAGUAUCAUAAUUCCCUUUUUUCUAUUAAUUUCUA